AUGGGUUUAAAAAAAGUGGCGUUUAAUCGCAAAAUCAAAAGUCGAGAUAUGUCUAGAGUGGAGUUUGAAACUAGUGAAGAUGUGAGGAUAAGUCCCACUUUCGACUCCAUGGGCUUGAAAGGUGAUUUACUUCAAGGAAUCUACAACUAUGGUUUCGAGAAGCCAUCUGUGUUUCAGCAGAAGAGUAUACUGCCAAUCAUAAAAGAAAGAGAUGUGAUAGCUCAAGGCCACUCGGGUACCGGCAAGACAGCAUCCACAUCUAUUUCUAUCCUGCAGUCCUUGGACACUAGAACACGUGAAACCCAGGUCCUGGUGCUGUCACCUACUCGGGAGUUGGCCGCUCAGAUCCAGAAAGUGAUACUUGCUUUGGGUGACUACAUGAAUGUUCAGUGCCACGCUUGUACUGGUGGCACCAGUCUUGAUAAAGAUAUAAAGAAGCUGGGCUAUGGGCAGCAUGUUGUAUCCGGAACACCAGGACGCGUUAUAGAUAUGAUUAAGAGACGAGCAUUAAGAACCCGAUCCAUCAAAAUGCUGGUCCUUGAUGAAGCUGACGAAAUCUUGAAUCAUAAUUUCAAGAAACAGAUUUAUGAUAUAUACCGGUACCUGUCACCUUCGAUACAAGUUGUUCUUGUUUCUGCAACACUGCCUCAUGAAGUUUUGGAAAUGACGUCAAAGUUCAUGACGAACCCUCUCCGAAUUUUAGUUAAACGUGACGAGUUAACUUUGGAAGGAAUCAAGGAGUUCUUCAUCAAUGUGGAAAAGGAGGAAUGGAAAUUUGAAACUCUCUGUGAUCUCUACGAUACCUUGACUAUCAAUCAAUCAGUUGUGUUCUGCAACACUAGGAAGAAGGUUGACUGGCUUGCACAGAAGAUGUUGGAUGCCAACUUCACAGUCUGCUCUAUGCACGGAGACAUGCCACAAAGAGAACGAGAUGAAAUCAUGAAGAUGUUCCGCUCUGGCCAAUGUCGUGUGCUGAUUACAACUGAUGUUUGGGCUCGAGGUAUUGACGUGCAGCAGGUAUCGCUGUCCAUCAACUACGACUUGCCGAAUAACAGAGAGCUGUACAUCCACAGGAUCGGUAGAACAGGUCGUUUUGGACGCAAAGGUGUAGCCGUCAACUUUGCCAAAGCAGAUGACAUCAGGAUUCUUAGAGACAUCGAACAGUAUUACGCCACCCAAAUUGAUGAAAUGCCUUUGGAAAUUGCAGAUUUAACAUAA